AUGGCAUCUUUUCAUUCCUCUCACGGUCUUCUUCUAAUUGUUGUAUUAAUUUCUUCACUUCAGUUUAACUUGAAAGCGGAACCAGUAAAAGAAUUGUUUCCGUACCAUGGUGGUCCUCUACUUUCCGGGAAUAUCCCCAUUAAUCUGAUUUGGUAUGGACAGUUCAGUCUCGCUCAGCGUGCAAUUGUCUCAGACUUCAUUGCCUCUCUUUCAAAACCCACAGCGGAGCAGCCCUCUGUUGCGUCAUGGAUGAAUUUGACGGCUAAAUUCUACCAGGUUACCACAAUUCCUGAUUCACUUGUUCUUUCACUAGGUAAAGAAGUCCUUGAUGAGAAUUACUCUCAAGGAAAAUCGCUCACUAGCGCCCAGCUUUACGAGUUGGCCAAAAAGGGUGGGGAAGACAAUCUGAUCAAUGUGCUUUUGACAUCAGCAGAUGUAACGGUUGAAGGGUUUUGCCAGGGUCGAUGUGGUACUCAUGCCUUGGGUACAGGACCCAUGCAUGGUAACACCAACAGUAAAUUUAAUUACAUUUGGGUUGGAAAUUCAGAGAUUCAGUGUCCAGGUCUAUGCGCAUGGCCAUUCCACGAGUCAAUAAAUGGACCAAAGACUCCCCCCUUAAAGGCACCCAACAGUGAUAUUGGUCUUGAUGGUAUGGUGAUCAACGUGGCUAGCCUUUUGGCUGGGACUGUUACCAACCCUUUUGGAAACGGCUUCUUCCAGGGGCCCCAAGAAGCACCCCUGGAGGCAUCCACCGCUUGUCCUGGAGUUUUCGGAAAAGGGGCUUACCCUGGAUUUGCAGGAACCUUGCUCGUUGACUCUAAAACUGGUGCGAGCUACAAUGCCAAUGGUAUCAAUGGAAAAAAGUAUUUGCUUCCUGCUAUGAUGGACCCUGAAACUUCAACUUGUACCACCCUAGUUUGA